GCCAAGUAUCCUUGUGAGACUGAACUUGCCGGGAUUUGCUUCUCCUGAGCCGUUCCGCCUCACAAAUGCCCCCACCUCUAUUGCCGGGCUGGCAUGUGCUGUGCUGGAGGAGAUAGGAGGUUUCAACAAGGAAGAGCUGGAUGCCGUGAGAAACCACUUGGACCAAGUGCCGCUGACUCUCCUCGGAGAGCUGUGCGCUGGUCAGUUGGUGGAGCUGGCCUCUGAUGCUGAGCUGAGAGUGUUCUUGUCUACCGCUGAGUCACCGAAAGGUCCUGCCAUCAUUGAGGUUCGACCGAGGCACGGUGGAAGCUCAGAGGCCAUGGACCACGCACUGGUGCAGAGUCCAGUCGGUUGGCAGCAGUCACCAACGCAGUCAGAUGGUCCGGUGCCAGGCGUGCAUGCUUCAAGCCAUGAGGUUCGCCGAAAUGGUGAGCACGCCCGGUUGCAUCCACCAGAAGGGUGGUCAAAUAACGCCAAGUCGUCACAGAUGUCUCAGCAAGAUCAGGAGCUGCAGGAGCAUCUAAGACUGCAGGAAGAGCUGCAGCUGAAGCAGAGAGAGCUACAGCAACACCAGCAGCAACUACAGCAGCAAUUUGAGCAGCGCGCCCAAAGACAGCAAGCGCAGCAAGCGCGGCCAGCGCAGCAAGCACGGCCAGCGCAGCAAGCGCAGCAAGCAAAAUCAGAGGAAUGGCUGGAACAUGAUUUGCCCAAGCGGCAUGUGCCAGCGCAGUUUGCUUCGAUUCCUAGCCCAGUGCCCGAUGAGUCCUCGUUGCUGACAAGCAGUUGCUGGGAUCUUCCUGGCGAGGACAGAGAAGACAGGCGCGCACUGCAACAUUCUCCUUCAGCGCCAGCUUUUGUUAACGGUUCGCAUGAAGGCCAUGCGAUCUCGCGGAAUGAAAUGCACAUGCCACUCCGUUCUCCUCCGCCAAAGCGGUCGAGCACGCCUGAUAGCCAGCGGCGAGCUGCGCGCUCGGGCGCACACGAGGCCGCGUCCCGUGCAUCUAGUGUUUCCAGCAGGAAUGCACUGAGCAGGGAGGCUCCGGUUUGGCGCACGAUGAAGCGAUUCGGGCGUACUGUCUUGGCAUCAUUGCAGGCUCCUGUACAUAUUCGUCUUUACCAGGAGAAGGAUGACCGGCGCCGUCGCCUGGAGCAGGCUCGCCUCCGGCGCCUGGAGAAAGAGGAGGAGGACUUGCGGAUGGCAGCCCAAAAAGCGCUGGGGCGCCAGCCCAGUCCUGCAAGACGGCGCGAGCCCAGCCCAGGGCCGGACAGCUUCCAUGCUGGUAGAGGCGAUGCUCUUAGAACAAGGCCGCCAAUGCCAGAGAGGCCCUCCAGCGCAGGAUCGCGAUCUCGUGAAGGUGGGAGUCUUCAAGGGGCGGACCGACCCAGCGGUAAGACAGCUCGGAAAGCCGAACGGCAACAGGAUGCAAACGGUGCUGCACCUUUGCCUCAAGAGACGGCCAGCGUGACCUCAGAGUCUGGGGCUCUAGGCGGGCAAGUGGCUGACUUGAGCUUGGUGAAAGGCGCACAGGCACGCAAUGGAUUGCAGAGUCCUGUGCUCCUUCAAUUUGAAGGAGAUUUUGGCGAAGACGCCCCUAGCGUUGCUCGGGCUUGCGGGCUGACACCGCCAGACUUACCUCCCUUCACUGAAGGACCACUGGCAACGGACGAGGUCAGCAACCUUUGCUCUGCAAUUGUCUGCAAUCCGCGAUCCUUUGACGACUGGAUUGCUUUGAUCAAAGUGGUCGAAGCGCACGGAUCCAACUGCGAGCUCACGCAGAUGUACCAAGGCUUUCUGGAAGAAUUUCCACUCUGUUGGGGAUACUGGAAGAGGCUGGCAGAGUUGCAGUCACGUUGUGGCGGAGUCGAGGCUGGCCUCAGCGUUUAUGUCAAGGCGUUGAAGCUGGUGCCCGCUUGUGUGGACUUGUGGGUUCACUACUGUGAAGCCGCUUGUGUGUCAUCCAGCAACACCUCAGAGAUGGAGGAUCGACUCCGCCACCUGUUCGAAGAAGCUAUAGAUGUGGUUGGCCGAGACUGGCGCGCAUUUCCUUUGUGGGAGCUAUACUUCAACUUUGAGGAGAGGCAUCAACAAUGGAAGCGCCUUGGUGUUCUCAUCCGCCGGGCAAUGGCAAUCCCCAUGGAGGGCCUCUCAGCAGUUCGUGUGCGCCUGCGUGCACUGGUGGUUGGAGAUAGUUGCCCCCCUCUUGAGGAGCUUUGCUGCGAAACGGAAGUCCAGGCUCUUGAGGAGAGGGGCGAUGCAAGCAUCGAGGCUUCCUGCCAUGAGGAAGCGGCAGUAGCACCCGUGAUUCCGACAGAGAACUCUGAGGCUGAGGCUGGACCGAAACUCGAAAAGGAGCUGGAGGAAGGCGAAGUUGACGACUCGGAUGACGAGCUUGCAGAAGAAACCGCGAAAGCAGAACAUGGAGCUGGAGCGAGAUGCAAGGUUCAACUUGUGCUCAAGCAUCCCGCGGAGAAGACAAGCCAUCAGCCUGAGCCGGCACUGAAGCCAAAGGACGAACGAGCUGAGCGGGCCAGGCGGUUUUUGGAGAUGCGAGAGGACAUUUGGAGCGGUGCCGCGUCUGAAGUCGCGAUGCUGCAAGAAUACGAGGCCCCCUUGUAUCGGCAAUACUUCCACAACAAGCCGUUGGGCAUUGCCCAGCUUGACGCGUGGCGCCACUAUUUGGAUUUCGAGGAGUCUCGACAGCCUCGGCAAUGGCGGCGGCUGUAUUCUCUCUUCGAGCGCUGCUUGGUGGUCACAAACAACUACUUGGAGUUCUGGCUUCGCUAUGCAAGCCUUCUUGAAGAAGCUGAGGUGAUGACUGGAAAUCAACCGGAGCUUGCCUGCAGCCUGCUUCAAGGCGCCUGUCUCUCUGGUCGUCUUGCCAGAAGGGCAGAUGCAUUGGCAGCAUGGGCUGAGUUAGAGGAGCCAGUGUGGCCGAGCCGCCCGCGCUCGCCUGCUGCUGGAUGCGGGUCUAUCAAGUUGUGGUCGAGGCUCAACAGAGCUGGCGUUGCGACGGGCAGCCCUUGAGUCUCGCCACCAUGAUUGCACAAAAGCUGUAGAGCUUUUGCAGCAAUUGGCGGGGCAGGCAUCAAGCACUGCAUCCCGGGCCAUUCUGAGUCGCCGCUUGGCGCGUCUUUGCGAGGAC